GACUCAAAGAGCUUGAGGGUUGUGGCGCUCAUAAGGUUUCAUUAACAGUCCCAAUGGCCACUACUAGUCCAGACUCAGAGAGACUCUCUCUGGAGGCUUACCACAUCUCAGCAGAGUUAGGAUUCAUCCUCCCUGAACCUUUGACAGAGGUACCUCCCUACUACCAACCAUGGAUGGAAAUAGCUCAACAUGUCACGGAACUAAUAGACUCUCACAUGUUGCGCUCCAGAAUUCUCCAGAUGCCCAUGUUGAACCCCGCCUUCCUUGAGAGCCACAGAGAACUUCGCAUGGCCCACUUGGCCCUCAGCAUCAUGACGAUGGGCUACAUAUGGCAAGAGGGAGAAAACAACACCGUCAAGAUGCUUCCCCGGAACCUGGCUGUUCCAUACUGGGAGGUGUCCCAGCGCUUGGGGCUGCCCCCCAUCCUUACCCACGCAGACGCGGUGCUGGCUAACUGGAGGAAGAGGGACCCAGAUGGACCAUUCGACAUGGACAACCUGGAACUGCUUCUCUCUCUGCCCGGGGGGGACAGCGUGCGGGGCUUUUUUCUCGUCACCCUGCUGGUGGAGAAAGCUGCAGUCCCUGCGCUCACGAGCAUCCCUGUUGUGAUUAAUGGGGUUCGGGAUGGUGACAUCAAGGCGGUGACCAGAGCCCUCGAGGACAUCAGCCACGGCAUCAAAGACAUGACAGACAAACUCAAACUGAUGCAUGUGUAUGUGGAUCCAUCAGUGUUCUAUGGAAUCGUGAGGAUCUAUCUGUCGGGGUGGAAAGACAACCCGUCCAUGCCAGAGGGCCUGGUGUAUGAGGGAGUUCAGGAGGAGCCCUUGGAGUUUUCAGGAGGAAGUGCUGCCCAGAGCAGUCUGCUGCACUGCUUCGACCUGCUCCUGGGGGUCCAACAUGAGCCACAGAGUGGUGCCUUUCUGACCCGCAUGAGGGACUACAUGCCCCCCGCCCACAAGCGUUUCAUCCGGGACAUCUCACGGCAGCCCCCUUUGCGAAUCUUCGUCCAGGAGCAGGCUAGCGAGCCCCUGACCAGGGCCUUCGAGCUGUGCGUGACCAACCUGCUGGCCAUGCGCAGCUACCACAUCAACGUGGUGAGCCGAUACAUCACGGUACCCGCCGCGCGCGCGCGCCAGCUCCGUGCCCAGGGGAAGAGCUCAGCGGGGGACACGGUCAGCAGGGCGCCCACCGUGCUGGAGGACAGGGGGACCGGAGGCUCGGGUAUCAUGGGCUUCCUGAAGUCGGUGAGAAAUCGAACCCGAGACGUCUCUCUGCCCGUUAAGGCUAACGACGACGGGCAGGGUCUCAAUGGAUCCUCAUAGGUCACAUGACCUUUUCCAGUGAACACACAAUGCAGCAAGCACACAAACAAAGAAAACACAGAAGGUACUAAACGAGGUGA